CUGCAAAUGCAAUUGGAAAACCGCAGUGCAAAUGCAAUUACCGGAAUCACUCAAUCCUUAAGAUCACCUGCCUUGACAUUUCCAGCGGUGGAGGACUCGGUGUGUCCACCAGCACAGAUGGGACCAUGAAAAUCUGGCAGGCUGCCAACGGAGAAAUAAGAAGGCUGUUGGAAGGCCAUGUGUAUGAUGUGAAUUGUUGCAGGUUUUUCCCAUCUGGCCUCGUGGUCCUGAGUGGGGGAAUGGAUGCCCAGCUCAAGAUCUGGUCAGCAGAGGAUGCCAGCUGUGUAGUGACAUUUAAAGGUCACAAAGGAGGGAUUUUGGACACUGCCAUUGUGGAUCGGGGCAGGAAUGUCCUGUCCUGCUCCAGGGAUGGCACUGCCCGGCUCUGGGACUGCGGGAAAUCCGCCUGUCUGGGCAUCAUUGCCGACUGUGGCUGCCCCGUGAACGGCAUCGCCGCGGGCGCUGCCGAUGACUCCCUGAACCUGGGCACGCCCGAGCACCCUCCCAGCGAGCGUGAGAUCGGGACAGAAGGGAAAAUCCUGCUGCUGGCCCGGGAGGACAAGAAGCUUCAGGGAGUGGGACUGCAGAGCAGGCAGCCGGUGUUCCUCUUCGUGGGCUCUGACGCCUUCAACUGCUGCACGUUCCUGUCGAGCACCUGUAUCCUGGCAGGGACUCAGGAUGGGAACAUCUACCAGCUGGAUGUGAGGAACACAAGCGCUCCAAUCCAGGUCAUCCACAGAUCGGGAGCGCCGGUGCUUUCCCUGCUCCCCUACCGAGACGGAUUCAUUGCCAGCCAAGGGGAUGGCACCUGCUUCAUCCUCCAGCAGGACCUGGAUUAUGUCCUGGAUCUCACCGAGGCCGACUGCGACCCCGUGUACAAGGUGGCUUCUUGGGAGAAGGAGAUUUACACCUGCUGCAGAGAUGGCACAGUGAGGAGAUACCAACUUUCCGACCUUUAAGUGUUUGAAGGGACCAAACAGUGAGGAAAAUGUGUCGGGAUGGCUCUUCCAAGCUGAUUUUCCUGGGAGGUGGAUGCACAGUUUGAGGCUCUUGUGGUGGCCAGAGUGUUUUG